CCGCAAACGCAGCCAAAGGAAACGCUAUCAUUAAUUGAUAAUUAUCGCCUCAAUUUCUGCGAUCUCUUUUCUGGUUUUACCUCUCUGACAGAAGCACCUAUAGUGUAAUUUUAUUUUAUUUUUUAUAGGCACGCAUGGAGUGUAAUACGCAUAUACAAGUAUAUGAUCAUUCUGUAACUAUGGAGAGAACACAUUCAAUGAUAUUUUUGGUGGAAUAGCCCACUCUCAGAUACAUUGAAGUAUGGAGAUUUCUUUUAGAUUUCUAGUCAUUUACUUGGUUAUACUCUUUUCUUUUGCCUUCAUAGGGGUGGCAGCAUCAUCGAGUAGCCCCCACGAGGAUUUCCUCCGGUGCCUGUCCCUCCAUUCGCCGAACAGUACCUUGAUCUCCCAGGUUGUUUACACUCCCAUCAACUCGACCUAUAUCCCGGUCUUGGACUACUCUAUACAGAACCUGAGGUUCCGAACACCUUGCACCCCGAAGCCUGCCGUGAUUGUCACCCCUGUCGAAAUCUCCCAAGUUCAAGCUACUGUCCACUGCUCAAGAACUUAUGGCCUCCAACUACGAGUUCGGUGUGCGGGACAUGACUACGAGGGGCUCUCCUACCUCUCUGGUGUCCCGUUCAUCCUACUCGAUCUUCUCAAUCUCAGGGCAAUCACCGUCGACGCUGAGAACGCCAGAGCCUGGGUGCAGGCAGGAGCAACUAUCGGGGAGCUAUACUACAGCAUCGGCAUGAAGAGCAAGACCUUGGGGUUCCCUGCUGGUAGCUGUCCCACUGUCGGGGUCGGCGGCCACUUCAGUGGUGGGGGCCAUGGAAUGAUGCUGCGCAAGUAUGGUCUUGCAGCUGACAAUAUCAUUGACGCACAGAUCAUUGAUGUUGACGGUAACCUUCUUGACCGAGAAUUAAUGGGUGAGGACCUCUUUUGGGCCAUUCGAGGAGGCGGAGGUAACACAUUUGGGGUGGUUGUCUCGUGGAAGGUCAGGUUAGUUCCGGUUCCAAAGAUCGUGACUGUGUUUGAUGUUGGCCGAACUCUAGAUGAGAGUACGAUAAAUCUUAUCCACAAGUGGCAAUACAUUGCGGCCCAAAAACUGCCGGACGAAUUGUAUGGUAGGAUGUCCUUUAGGAGACCAGACUGGAAUGCCACAAUUCAAUUUUCGUUGCAAGCCCUGUACCUAGGUGGGGCCACUGAGCUCCUCGACGUGAUGGGCUCGACCUACCCUGAGCUCAAGCUGAAAAGAGAGGACUGUACCGAGAUGAGCUGGAUCAACUCGACUGUCUUCUUUGCUGGAUUCCCAGGCCAGCCUUUGGAAAUCCUCCUCAAUCGAAGCUCGGACACGAAAAACUACUUCAAGAACAAGUCAGACUAUGUGAAAAAACCAAUAUCUAAAUUUGCGAUAGAGGAGAUCUUAAAGUGGUUCUUCAUGGAAGAACCAGGAGUUCCGUUCAUGAUAUGGAGCCCUUAUGGAGGGAUAAUGAGUGAGAUUUCCGAGUCCUCAAUUCCCUUCCCAUAUAGGGCCGGGAAUAUAUACGAUAUCCAGCUUAGUGCAGCUUGGACAAGGGGGUCGGUGGAUGAAGCCUCCAAGCACAUAGCCUGGGUCAGGGGCUUGUAUGAUUUCUUGACGCCUUAUGUUUCAAAAUCACCAAGGGCAGCAUAUAUAAACUAUCGCGACCUUGACAUCGGGAUGAACAACGAGUUCGGUAACACAAGUUACUGGCAAGCAAAGGUAUGGGGCACAAAAUAUUUCAACAGGAAUUUUGACCGGCUUGUGAGGGUGAAGACAAUGGUCGAUCCAAGUAAUUUCUUUAGGAAUGAGCAGAGUGUACCACCCUUUUUUUUGGAGGACGGAAAGUUGGAGCCUAUGUAGCACUACCGCGUUAGACAUGUGCUUAUCAAAUGGACUGGUUAUAUUAGAGGAUAUGUUGCAGGAUAUGUUGCCGAGAUUGGUGGAACUAUUUUGUAUCAUAUAAUCUUAGCUAGACUUAUUAGUUUCAUGUAUAAUAGGCAAUAGAUAUCUUAGAAAUCUUUCCGUGUUUUCAUUUCUUCCUUGUACUCAGAUAUGUGUACAUUACCAGAGCAUAAUGAAAUCAAGCUUUCAACUUCUCAUUCAA